AGAAGAAGACGAAGAAGAAGAAGAAGAAGAAGAAGAAGAAGAAGAAGAAGAAGAAGGUAGUUUUCUUAACAGUUAAAUGAAGCUUUUACUUUACUUUACUGACAUUUUGAAGACAACUCGCACUAUAACCAACCUUUCAUUGCAAAGCACACUAGCUCCAUUGCAGGCUGAUGGAGGAGGCCAGCCCUCACCUGCAGGGGGCAGCAGCAGCAGCAGCUUCUUUCCCCUCUGUGAAGCCCAUUUGGGCUCUGCUGGAAGAAGCGGGCCAGAUGAAGACUGAAGGAAACACUUUCUAUAGGGAAAAGAACAUCCGUGGGGCUGUAGGCCGUUAUCAUCGCGCUCUGUUGGUUCUUCGAAGCCUGGACUCUGAGGUGACAUCGGCACUGAAAGGAUUUGGACCCGAGAUGCCAGCUCUCACGGCGGAACAAGAGACAUUGUUAAGAAACACACAAAUGGACUGCUACAACAACUUAGCUGCCUGUUUGCUGCAGAGGGAAACUGUGGACUACGCCCGUGUCCAGGAGUACAGCCUGCGGGUGUUAGAGAGGCGACCAGGUGAUGCAAAAGCGCUGUACAGGGCCGGCGUGGCCACUCUGGAGCUGGGAGACGCACAAAGAGCCAAACAGUACCUGACACAGGCCUGCAAGAUGCAGCCUAAUGACACCAACAUCCGGCGAUACCUGCAAAGGGUGGAGGAGGAUCUGAGUCGUGAGUUACUUAAGGAGAAGGCUAUGUACAGAGGCAUGUUUGCUUCCAGCACAAAGAGCGACUCUGGAGUCCCCACAGAUGCAGGAGGGGACUUUGUUCAAGUUCAACAGAGCAACACUGUAAUGAAAACCUGAAUGCACUGAUGUCAUCGUGUGAGAGGUGAGAGAGGCACAGAAGUAAUAGUAUGUUUAAACUGAGGGGGAAAAGUCAAGUUUUUGAAGUGAAGACCAAAUCUGGUGUUCCCUAGCAACAGAGAACUUGGGUUUAGCUGCGAAGAUCAGUCCACAGAGCUGCCUUGGAAACCUAAAAACGGAGACUUCAUGCACCACACUGUUGAAUUUGUGCUUUCUUAACUAAUCUACUUUUUAAACCAAUAAAUUCUGCUCAAGCCAC